AUGGAAGAAAUGAAAUUUUCACAUAGAUCUUAAUCAUUAACUGAUUUUUAAAGUGAAAUUUACACUAGAUUCCUCGAUAUGCACGAAGAAUUGUCCAAAUCUUCUAAAAACAUCAACUAUCUCAUCAACCACAGUCUUAAACAAUUAGAAAGCAAUCAACAGGAGGCUAGAUUUAGUUUUUCUGCAAACUCUUAAAAUCAACAAGAACUAAAUUCUUUUGAAGAAAUGGUAAUUGAAGAAGACUUGGAUUUGGAAACUCAACCUUCUAAUAAUGAAAGAGAAUAAAUUUUAGAAAAUAAAAUUAAAAUCUACGAAUCUGCUCUUAAUACAUUUUAACAUGAAAACUUCAAAAAAGAUCAAGAAAUUAUCAGACUCACAAAUUAGUAAUGA